UUUUAAUAGAGAUGCUAAAAUGAGUUUAACUAUCACUCAGACACACCCGAAGACAAAUGGGGGCCCUGGCGUUGUGCGGCGGCAGCGGGUGUACGACCACCUGUACGAUCCCGUUUACACGGUGUCCUCGGAGGUCGACCACGCCAGGUCCAGUCUCAAGGUCUUCGCCUCCAAGGACAGAAUAAGGAGAGUGACUGAGUUUGGGUCCAUGUUCAGUGAGCUGUCCCACCACCCACGGUACACCGUUCAGCUGCAACCAGCAGACCCAGUACCGGCCUCCAUUGAUCGUCGCUGGCGAGGCCACGUGGAGCAGCGGAGAGAGGCCUUGCAGCAGCUGGCUGGGGUUAUUCCAAAUGCUCAGCCGUGGCUGAAAAGGGAGGAGUGCCAUGUGACCGGACCUGAUCGCUGGAAAUACUUCAAACGCCCUCUGAUUCCCUUUGCACGGCAGGUUCCCCCGAAUGUAAUUUUCGCGUUGCCUAAAAAAGACUUUAUAUCUUCUGGUGGAAAGAAUGCUAAGCAUACUAAACAGCCCACCCACGUCACGGUCGGGGUCCAGACAGACUACAGGGAGAGUGAAACACAGACGGAGCCGUACAGCCCGGAGUAUGUGGUGCAACCCGGGACAACUCCCUCAGAACUCCUGCAACUGGCAGCUUUGACUUGGGGUCGCGGCCUGCCUGCAGGCCUGGCAGAAGUAGAAAUGAUCGAGCGGGCGCGUGCCAAGCGAGCUUGGGAGGCCACCCUUCCUCCAUUGGCUGACCUGAGUCAGCUGGAAAAAAGGAGACGUAUGAUGGAGGUGAUGGAGGUCAAAGAGUGGGCUUUCAGAGACGGAGAAAUCCAGAAGUUGCAAGAGGCUCGUCUUACUGUGCUGAAGGACCUCUUGAGGCAAAGAGAUGAGGCCCAGAAAGAAGUCACAAGCGAGAGACUCAUCCAGAUAUAUUCUAAGCGCCAACAAGACAAAGAGACCAAGCUACAGAAGAUUCACAAUGACUACAUCAGGUCACUGAGAAAACUGGACGCUAAGGGGAGAAGUGUGGAGGGGAAGCUAGAGCGCCUCAGCAUUGUCAGAAACUAUCCAGAUAUUCAGACAUGCGCCCCUCGGAGCUGGAGGGACACAUUCUCCAACAGGAACACCUGCAACAAUGAGUUAAAAAGCCACUACUUGAACACAUACAAAGGUUUGCUGGAGAUGGAGGCAGGACUCUCUGCCUCAGUCCCCAAGCCAAGUGGGAAAAGACAUGAACCCAAAGUCAUCGAGAAUGUGCUCCGUCCACCUGUGAGCACAGAAGUAGAAAGGAUGAAUAAAUACAAGGCCCUGAAAGAGGAGGACAAAGAGCGAGCGGCUCAGAAGGCGUUGCGGUUUCUUGUCAAGAAGGAGAAGCCUGUUACUCGUCCCGUCACUCCCAGAGUGGAGGAGCCGCUAGAGGGGGAUAAGGAGAUAGAGCUUGCAGUCAUCCACUUGCAGAAACUCCUGAGAGGAAGAAGUAUUCAAUACAAGAUGUUUAAGGGCAAGGAGAACCGUCUGGAGCUCAUUAGGGAACUGAGGACUGUCCACGCGCUGCAGAGGGAGGAGCAAGAGCUACGCAAAGAUGACAAAAGGCUUGUGGUGACCCUUCAAAAACGGAUGGACAAACACAGACAUGAGACCUCUCAAGCGGAGGCUUCUCAGGCCGGAGUGGUAGGUGCCGAGCUUGAACACCUAUUUGACACCUUGUCCAAGGAGCUGAUUCAUCUCCAGGAAGAGCGUAGGAUCCAUGCCUUUACACUGCUGGCUGAGAGAGACCGUCGCCUACGAGAGGCUGAGGAGAGUGGGAGGAGACAGAUGGAGGAGCGCAGACGCAGAGAAGAAGAUGAGAUCUUCAGACAGGUGGUUCAGGUGCACCAGGAAACUGUAGAUUUGUAUUUGGAGGACAUCGUCCUCGGGGCCUUGGAGCAGACAGCUGACCAGCAGGCCAGAGAGGAGAUCCACAGGAGGGCAAAGGAGGUCAACGACAUCGCGUAUGCCAUGGAGGAAAGCAGAAACAGUCUUCAGUCGGAGGAGAUCGUGUCGGAGAUGAUCUACAGUUUCCUGCUCCGAGAAGUCAAGAAGAUAAAUGUCAAGGAAAGAGUGCAUCAGAAGCAGCGUAGCCACUCGCAGGCAGCUCGGAGCAUCAUUAAAGGAGGUGCUGAGCAUUGUGGGAUCCUUCCUAGUAUUCCCAGGACGUUGCAGUUGACCUGUCCCUCUGAAAGAGCCUCCGACCGCGUCCUCGAGGAGAUGAUCGGCCAAGUGGAGCAGGAGAAGGGGAAGAAAACUGAGUAG